AUGUCGACCAAGGUCACGCACGCUGAACACUGCGAGAUGGCCGAACCCACCGACUCACCGCCGCCGCCGGUCCCUGCGUCCGCUGCUGCAUCGGCUGCCAACCCCGGCAACGGCAUCGGCAUCGACGACCAUGCCCUGCUGCGCAUGGCCGCGACCGUGCCCGACCUGCCCGAACUGGUGCAGGGCGCCCAGCGCGCCGCCGCGUUCGAGCACGCGCUGACGCUCACGGCGGCCGUGCGCGUGUACGGCCGGGCCAUGCUGUUCAGCAUGAUCAUGUCGCUGGCCAUCAUCAUGGAGGGCUACGACACCAGCCUGCUGUCGAGCUUCUACGGGUACCCGGCGUUCCAGAAGCGCUUCGGGCAGCCGCUGGCGGACGGGUCGUCGUACCAGAUCUCGGCCCGGUGGCAGUCCGGGCUGGCCAACGGCAGCCAGGUCGGCCAGAUUCUGGGCCUCGUGGCGUCGGGCCUGCUGGCGGACCGGUUCGGGUACCGCGCGACGAUCCUGGGCGCGCUGGCGCUCAUGGUCGCCUUUAUCUUCGUCCUCGUCUUCGCGCAGAACGUGGGCAUGCUGUUUGCCGGGUCCGUGCUCUGCGGCCUGCCCUGGGGCGCGUUCCAGACGCUGACGACGACGUACGCGGCCGACGUGAGCCCGACCGUGCUGCGGCCCUACCUGACGACCUACGUCAACCUCUGCUGGGUCGUGGGCCAGCUGGUCGCCAUCGGCGUCGUCCGCGGCCUGCUGGGCCGCGCCGACGACUGGUCCUGGCGCAUCCCCUACGCCGUCCAGUGGGUGUGGCCGGUGCCCAUCAUCGUGGCCGUGGUCCUGGCGCCCGAGUCGCCCUGGUGGCUGGUCCGCCAGGGCCGCCUCGACGACGCCAAAGCGGCGCUGCGACGGCUGUCCGCCCACCCGGCCGCCCGCAUCGACGACGCCCUCGCCCUCAUUGUCCUCACCAACGAGCAGGAAAAGCUCCACGGCGCGGGCGUGUCCUACUGGGACUGCGUCCGCGGGACCGACCGCCGGCGCACCGAGAUCGCCUGCGCCGCCUGGGUCGUCCAGGUCUCGUGCGGCAUCUACUUUGCCUUCAACAUUGUCUACUUCCUCGAGCAGGCCGGCUUCGCCCCCGACAAGGCCUUUGACUUUGGCGUCGGCAUCAACGCCGUCGGCUUCGUCGGCACGCUGCUGUCCUGGUGGGUCAUGCGCUACGUCGGCCGCCGCACCCUGUACAUUGGGGGCCUGUCGGCCCUCUGUGUCCUCCUGCUGGCCGUCGGCUUCCUCGCCAUUCCCUCGUUUGCAGCCGGCACGCCGCAGUACAGCGCCAUUGGCUAUGCGUCGGGUGCGCUGCUCGUCGUCUGGAUCUUUGUCUACGACAUGUCGGUCGGCCCCGUCUGCUACUCCAUUGUCGCCGAGAUCCCGUCCACCCGCCUGCGCAUCAAGACCGUCGUCCUCGCCCGCACCUGCUACAACAUCGUCGCCAUCGGUGUCAUCUUUUUGAACCCGGCCAUCCUCAACCCCACCGCGUGGGACCUCAAGGGCAAGGGCGGCUUCAUCUGGGGCGGCAUCUGCUUUGUCGGUCUGGUCUGGACCUAUUUCCGCCUGCCGGAGCCAAGAGGGCGCACGCCCGCCGAACUCGACGUCUUGUUCGAGCAGAACGUCUCGGCCCGCAAGUUUGCCGCCACCAAGGUCGAUCUAUUCCUCGACGGGCACCACAUGGACGUGCUCGACAAGGCGGCCGAGGCGCAGAUGUAG